AUGUCUGCCACCACACAGCCCGCUCGACCCCGGGCCACCUCGUAUAUCCUCGUCUCCUCGGCCAGUGCGGAUGAGCCGCAAGACUCCAACUUUCCGUCCAAUAGCUAUGCACCCUCGCCUCGCCUUCGACCACGCUUCUACUUUUUGCUUCCCCUAGUUGCCGUGCUCGACAUUGCGCUGGCGAUUGUUCUUGGUGUGCUCGUGUUGCGCCAGGAAGCGCGUCGCCGCUCGCAUCCUUCCAAUGCAGGAGAGCUCGACGAUGCCGCUUGGGAGCGCCGCAAGAUCGUCGUGGCCGUGGUGGUCUUCUCGGUAGCGCGCGCUGCUGCGUACGCGAUCGUGGGCAUCAGCCGGCGCAUUCGGCAGCUCGGCGUGACCGUAGCUGCCAUGAGCAUCCUCAGCACGCUCUUCUACGUCUCGGUCGCCAACCUGCUCUUUCAGGCGCGCUCCAAACCCGACGUGCCCGACGCUGGCCUGCUGUCGUGGUCCGAGAUGCUCAGCCUCGCCCAUCCGUGGCACUGGCCCGAGGCGUUCCGACAGUUCGUGCCCACCAUGCCUAUCCUCGUGGGCUCGCAGCAGGCAUUUACGCUCUUCGAGUGGAUCCUCUACAUCGCCGUCGUAGGCGUCAAGGUCCCCCCGGGCGGAAAUCCGAUCACCGCCAAGAGAUGGCAACGCAACCUGGCGCAGGAUCCCGACUUUCAGCGCGGCGUCGAUGCACAGAGCCUGUAUCACUCGGACGUCGAGGAGGGCCAGCCCGAGGAGCAGGGUCCAACGCCAGUAGCAGGAAGCGCGCCCACGCACGAGGCAAGGGGUGCUUCUGAUUUCUCCACGCCCGACGACUCGGCCGAUGCAAGUAGUCGGCCGCUCCUCGCCACCAGCCCCGCCCGCCCUUAUGGCUACGGCAGCACCGCCUCCGAGCCCAGGACGCCGCCAACGGACGCUACGGCCCAUCGAUCCCCGGCCGCACAAAUGCUGCAAGGGAUGAGUCGAAGCGCGUCCAACCGCUCCGGCAUGUACUCGCGCUCCCCUGGCGCCGCCGAACUCGGUCUGUCCUCGCACCGAGCCUCUGCGAUGAUCGGUGACGAUAGCGGCGAAAUCUCUGAAGAUCACGACGACGAGGAGGAAGCCGAGGGCAGCGAUCCGGACGACAUUAUCGACAUCACGCCCAACCGUGCCGUCGCGCGCAAGGAGGCAAGGCUGCGACUCGCGCGUGCAGCGCUUCCCGAACGCAGGGCGUCCGGCGGCACGCUCUCGACGCUCAACAUCUUUGGUGGCCACGCCAGCGGCGACCAUAGCGGCUCGGACACUCAGCCGAGAGGUGCAGCGCGAGGGCCGGGCGUGUUUUCCGACGAGGCUGGAAGCCCUCUCGCCCGCACUGCGCAGCACGACGACCACGUGCCCGCUACGCUCAUGACCGCCGCGCCAUCGACCGAGUCGAGACACGCUUCGGCAUCGCUGCUGCCGUCAUCGAGCAGCACACGCUCCGCCUCGACACGCACCAGCUCGGCCAGCAAGGACCGCAAGUUCAAGCUGCCAAAGUGGAUGAAGCCCGGUCGUAAGAAGUAG